GCUUCGGAUUCAAGGAAGUCUGAUGGCACCUUUCCAUUCCCUCCCUUGGUUCGGAUUCAAGGCUGUUGAUGCUAAGCGUUUUGCCCAACAGUUUGCAUAGGCAAAGCCGAAGCCGAGCACACACACAGCGGCAGCAACCCAUCCAUAUCCAUAUUUUUCGAAAUCCGAAUCCAAAUCCAUCUCCUCCAUCCUCCUCUCGCGGCGGCUCCGACCCCAUGGACCCGAUGGAAGGCGACGCGGCGAGCGCGGCGGGCGACGACCCCAUGGACUUCACCUGGACCGCGGGCGUCGACCCCGACCCCGACCCCGCGCCCAACCCGCCGCAGGAGGCGGAGGCGGAGGCGGAGUCCAUGAUCCUCGUCUCCGGCCCGCGCGUCGCCGUCUCCGGCCUCAGGCGGGCCGACUGCCGCGCAGGUGAAUGCGUCCUGUUCGUCAACUCCGGCGGGUGCGCCAUCCAAGGCGACCAUCCCUCUGCAAACUUGUUUUCCAGCGACUCUUUCUUUCAAGGAGGGGAGUCGAUAGAGACAUCCGAGACCAUAGUUGAAGGCGGCGACUAUCCCUCGCUCUACAGCUCGGCACGCUACGGCGAUUUCACCUACACAUUCGACGGCCUUGCCCCUGGAGACUAUUACCUGGAUCUGCAUUUCGCGGAGAUAGUGCACACUGCCGGGCCAACAGGAAUCAGAUCUUUUGAUGUCCUCGUGCAACAAGACAAGAUUUUGUCUCAACUUGAUAUGUUCAAGGUGGUCGGAGGUAACAGGCCCCUUCAGGUUCUUGACAUCAGGGCUUUUGUCGGGAGCAAUGGUGCUAUCAUCAUCGAUUUCAAGGGAGUAAGAGGAAACCCCAUGGUUUGUGGCAUCUGCAUUCGGAAAUCCCCAGCAACACCAGCGGCAAAGUUAGGUGCACGCGGGAGUGGCUUAUGCAAAAAAUGCUUAACUGAUGUUGAGAUUUCUUCACCUAUUCAGAAAAGGACAGCUAAACUCAUCUCAAAGUACGAAAAACAGAUCGAGGAGCUAACCAGCCAGUGCUCCAUCAAGUCUGACGAGUGCUCCAUGGCGUGGUCUUUAGUAGAAUCUACCAAUCAAGAACUUGACAGGCUUAAGAUGGAGCUUCACCAAAAGCUUGUGCAAACUGAUAAUUUUGAACAAGUCCUUGACACACAAACGGACCAACUAAGAAAAGUUUCUCAGAACUACGAAAAUGACAAGAAACUAUGGGCUGCUGCCAUAUCUAACUUGGAGAGCAAAAUCAAGGCCAUGAAACAAGAGCAAGCACUGUUAUCUCUUGAAGCACACGACUGUGCGCACGCGAUUCCUGAUUUGAGUAAGAUGAUUGAAGCUGUUCGAGCCUUAGUUGCACAGUGUGACGAUCUGAAAAUGAAGUACCACGAGGAGAUGGCCAAGAGAAAGAAACUUCAUAAUAUUGUCCAGGAGACAAAAGGAAAUAUUAGAGUUUUCUGCAGAUGCCGCCCCUUGAGCAAAGUUGAGACAUCGUCAGGGUACAAAUGUGUUGUAGAUUUUGAUGGAGCAAAUGAUGGCGACAUUGGGAUUAUAAAUGGUGGAACAGCAAAAAAGACAUUCAAGUUUGACAGAGUCUACACCCCAAAGGAUGACCAAGCUGAGGUUUACGCCGAUGCAUCUCCACUAGUCACGUCAGUGCUAGAUGGAUACAAUGUAUGCAUAUUUGCAUACGGACAAACAGGAAGCGGGAAGACCUUCACCAUGGAAGGGACUGAAAGGAACAGAGGAGUAAACUAUAGAACUCUGGAGGAGUUGUUCAAGAUUGCUGAGGAGAGAAAAGACACUGUCACGUACAACAUAUCUGUUAGUGUGCUUGAGGUGUACAAUGAACAAAUCAGAGACCUCCUUGCAACAUCCCCUUCAUCUAAGAAGUUGGAGAUCAAACAAGCAGGUGAAGGAUCCCAUCAUGUGCCCGGCAUAGUUGAGGCCAAAGUUGAGGACAUAAAUGAAGUUUGGGAUGUCUUACAAACUGGAAGCAAUUCGAGGGCUGUAGGGUCAAACAAUGUGAAUGAACACAGCAGUCGCUCACACUGGUUGGUCAUAACUAACAUUAUUUUUCAUUUCUCCAUGGAGUACCUUCCUGCUUGUGGUAAAAAUGGUUUGACCUUUAUCAUUUUUUUCAGCAUGCUUUGUAUCAUGGUUAGAGCAAAGAACCUGAUAAAUGGGGACUGUACAAGAAGUAAGCUUUGGUUAGUUGAUCUUGCUGGAAGCGAGCGGUUAGCCAAGACAGACGCGCAAGGUGAUCGGCUCAAGGAAGCACAAAAUAUCAACAGGUCGCUUUCUGCUUUAGGGGAUGUCAUUUCUGCUCUUGCUUCCAGAAGCAGCCACAUCCCUUACAGGAAUUCCAAGCUGACGCACUUGCUCCAAGACUCUUUAGGAGGGGAUUCGAAAGCCCUAAUGUUUGUGCAAAUUAGCCCAUCCGAGAAUGAUGCGUCGGAAACCUUGAGUUCGUUGAACUUUGCAAGCCGUGUCCGUGGUAUAGAACUGGGCCCAGCAAAGAAGCAGGUGGACACAGCCGAGCUUCAAAAGGUCAAACAGAUGCUUGAAAGGUCUAAGCAGGAAGCCAAGCUUAAGGAGGAAUCUUUGAGAAAGCUGGAAGAGAACUGUCAAAAUUUAGAGAGUAAAGCCAAGGGAAAAGAGCAGCUUUACAAAAACUUGCAAGACAAGGUGAAGGAGCUUGAAAGCCAACUAGACUCUAAGAUGCAUUCUCAAAUUACGUCGGAAAAGAGUCAGCUUUCUGGAAAACUUAAGGAGAAGGAAGAAGCAUGUACUGCGCUACAGCACAAGAUAGUGGAGUUGGAGCGUAAGCUUGGACAGCAGCAGCAGUCAGACUCUGAGGUCGCAGCUCUUAAGCAAACGAUUGAGGAGGUGGAGCUGAAACUAAAGGAGCAGGAAGAGCAAAGAUCAGCUGCAGAAUCAAAGGCAAUGGAAAUGGGGCAAGAACUCUUGGAAGCACAGAAAACAGAGUCAAUGCUUCAGAGCAAGCUGCUCGACCUCGAGAAGAAGCUGCAGGAGAUGACAAAACUCAAAGACGCAAGCACGAUGCCUGACCCAAAACCUCAAGACGCUAGUAGCACGAUGAUGCCUGAACCAAAGCCUCAAGGCACUAGUAGCACGACGAUGCCUGAACCCUCAAACAAUAAUCUAGUCACAAGGGUUCUUCCUGCCACCCCUGUGGAGACAAACGUGGUGCCGGCUUGUUGUGCGAGGGAGGAGGCGAUGAGCGAGAAGGCGCAGCAGCACCGCCGCAUCCUGAGGAGCUCCGACUCGGCCAACAAGCGCUCCCUGUUUGCCCCGGAGGCGGCCGUCGUGAACGAGAGGAAGAGGAAAGGGGAGGAGAGCCACCCUCGUGCGGGUGGCGGUGGUGGUGGCGGUGGCAGGCAGAACGCCGGGCGGAAGAGGAGCAGCAUGCAGGGUGAGGUCGAGAACCAGCUCCCUGCUGCCGCCGCCGCCGUGGCGAGGAAGAGGAGCCUGCAGGGCGGCGAGGUGAGGUCGAAGAGGGCGUCGAUCCCGGCGAGGCCUUGGACGUCGGCGGCUGCUGCUGCGCAGAAGGUGGUGGUGGCUCCUGGUUCCAGGAUGACCAGGCAGCAGCAGCAGCAGGCGGCGGUGGCGAGCAGCAACAAGACCAAGGGGUGGGUGAGGUGAGGUAGGCUGCGAGCGUUUAGGUGCGUGUGUUGUAGUAGAUGAGAUGAGAUGAGAUGAGAUGAGACGAGACGGGACGGGACGGGACGGGACGCCAUUGCAUUUGCAUUGCUCUAGUGAUGACCGACUUGUCUGUAACUUUGUUUGUUUGUAGUAUUUGUACUUUAUACUAGUUGGUACGUACUGCAGAGUUGCAGUGAAUGAAUGAAUGAAUGAAUCACAACCUGUGUGUUGUUGUUGUUGUUGUUGUUA